UCUGUUUUGGUGUCCCCACACAAUGUAAGGAGAUGGCUGGCUGCUGGAUUCCCCCCACCCACACAACCAGGAGUGCUGCUCUCCCUGCUCCUUGUCUGUGGCUCAGAGAACACUGCUAAAUGCAGGCAGCUAUGUACACUCGUGCACACAAAGGUCAACGGCCUGUUGGAGUCUGUGGCUGACUUGAGUAUGUACACAUAGUGGGAACUUGUAUGGUAUCUGGCUGUAUAUACUGUAAUGCUCUGCAGGUCACAUGCAGCUUUGGUAAAGGGUUGAUAACCUUAUACUGCUCGGAAGUGGUGUUCUUGCCCCCCCAAUUAUGCC